AUGGCGAAGCCUUUGGUUCCUUCUUGGCUCAUGAUUUCUUUAUCUAUCCAUAUUAGGACCUUAACAGAUAAAGAACAGCUGGUUUUGUCACUGGAGAGACAAUAUCAAGAGGAUGUUGGUGUUCUAGCAACGCUCUUCUUUAACUACGUCAAACUUAGCCCUGUCAUCAUCAUCACUGAGCCUCCUUCAAUUCAUGCAGGCAUUCCUGGAAAUCUUGCAAGGCGUUCCUGUGCAGCCACACGCCCAUCUGUCUUUCUCGUUAUAACCGGGGAAGGUGAGCUCCAGGCAGAUUCUCUGUCUGAUGGGAAGAAAAAGGCAAAGGAAGGCGAUGUUUUCUUCGUCCCUGCAAACACUGAGAUUAAGCUCUCUAACCGUGGCCCUGAGUCCAUGCAGCUGUACAGGGCUGGAGUAAACAGCAUAUUCUUCAGUUAA